GUUUUUAUGAUCAAUAUGCAAAAAUUUGUGGCUUUGAAGCACGUAAAAGUAGUCAAAAAAGGGCUCGUGGUGGCGUUAUUCUUUGGAAACAUAUGGUGUGUAAUAGGCAGGGCUUCAAAAAUGUAUCUAAAUCUAAGACGGUUGCACCUAACAGUGAUUCCUGCAAGAUUGUUGAUUUAGAUAAUGAGUGUAGCGGUGAAAACGAAGAUUUCAUUAUUGAAAAUGAGUCAUGUGAAUUUGAUGGGUCUGAAAAUGAAGAGGAAGCUCACGUUGAAGAUUUACCAACUCCUGGCGUAUGCGUCGAUGACGAUAAGAAAACAAGACGCACAGUUUCUAAUAGGUGUGAUUGCAAAGCACGUGCGGUUUUUAGGCUUGCAGGCAUGGAUGGAUACAAAAUUAAAUUCUUUGAGGAGAGGCAUAAUCAUUCAAUGUCUUCCCCUUCUUCACUGCCUUUUUUGAAGGCCAACAGGAAACUUGACAUUGGUCAUAAAAAAUUUGUCCUUAAUUGUGCUAAAGCAAAUAUCGGCACUAUGAAAUGCUACCGAUUGUAUAAGGAAACUGUUGGGGGCUAUGCCAAUAUUGGUGCGACGUCCGUGGAUUUUAAGAAUUUUAAACGCGACUUGAAGGCUUAUUUAGUUGGUGUGGAUGCCCAAAUUUUGAUAGAUAAGCUAUUCAGAAAGAAAGAGAUUUCUUCAACGUUUUCAUUUGACUAUGACGUUGAUGAGAGUGACCAGCUAACACGUGUAUUUUGGGCGGAUCCAGUCUGCAUAAAGAACUAUUCGUUAUUCGGGGACGUUGUCUCUUUUGAUGCUACAUAUGAGACGAACAGGUAUGAUAUGGUUUUUGCCCCUUUUACUGGCGUUGAUAAUCAUAAAAAGUGCAUUACUUUUGGUGUGGGUUUGUUGUCCAAAGAAGAUGUUGAAUCAUAUGUUUGGUUAUUUCGUUGUUUCUUGAAUGCAAUGGGUCGGGAACCGAAGUGCAUCAUAACGGAUCAAGACCCAUCCAUGAAAAUUGCUAUUCCACAGGUCUUCACCAAAUCAUGUCACAGAUUUUGCAUGUGGCAUAUUAUGGAGAAGGUGAGUAAGAAAGUUGGACCGGUUUUGAGUAAAGAUUCUAAUUUUAUGACGGAAUUGAAUUCUAUUGUGUGGAGUCAUUAUUUGCACCCAACCGAAUUUGAAUUGAGAUGGACCAAUUUGAUGAAAGAAUAUGAGCUACUCAAUCACAAUUGGUUGUCACACAUGUUUGAGAUUAGGGAUUUGUGGAUUCCUGCUUAUUUCGGUGAUAUAUUUAUGGCGGGUAUGCUCAGGACUACAUCACGUUCUGAGAGUGAAAAUAAUUUUUUUAAUGAAUUCACAAAUCCUAAUUUCAGUUUGGUGGAGUUUUAUAUGCAGUUUGAGAGUGCAAUGGAUUCUCAAAGACAUAAUAGUGCACAAUUGACCAAAGUUUCAGAGUCCUCCAUUCCCGAUUUCAAGACUCCGUUACAUAUUGAAAGAUAUGCUUCUUCUGUUUAUAAUCAUUCAAUUUUUUAUCUCGUUCAGAAGGAAAUAUGUUGUGCUUGUUUUUCUUGUGCUGUUCUCAGUCUCCAUCAUGAAGGUUGUGUGUUUACGUAUGUCAUAUCAGAUGAACGGGGUUUUAAUUUCACAGUUGUGCACAAUAGUACUGACGGUUCUACAGUUUGUUCUUGCAAACAUUUUGAAAGGAACGGGAUAUUGUGUCGCCACAUUUUUUUUGUGUUGAAAGAGAAGAAGGUCAAUGUAAUCCCAGAUAGAUAUGUGCUACGUCGAUGGUGCAAAGAUUCCAUUUUAAAGCCCCUUAAUGCAUUUGAAGCUGGUGUUUUUCAACAGUGUCUUGACACAGAAGAACAAAACCUAGCCAUGAAGACAUUGUGGUCUGAUAUUCAUUUUUGCGUUGGAAUGAUUGACCAAAAACCUCAAAUGUUUCAGCAGUUUGCAGAUGCCAUUAAGGUGCAGAAAGAUUUACUGUCUACCUCUCAAGGAAAUAGUGCAUCAGGAUCUACAAAAAAUGACGUUAUCAAAGCCUUUUAUGGGUCAUCCAUUCCUACCCAAGUUAGUGUGCGUCCACCGCAGCAGUCUCGAAAUAAGGGUUGCGGUAAGAGGAUUAAAGGAGGCAAGGAGAAGGCAAUUGAAGUGAGCCAGAAGGCUAAGAGACUAUGUAGAAAAUGUAAUAAAAAAGGGUAUCAUGACAGUCGAAAUUGUCCUUUGAACUCAGAGGAAUGAUUAUUCUUUUUUAUUCGUCUUUCACAAGUUGGCCUUUGAGCUUGGAGCAAUGUUGCUUUUUUAUGACUUGUUAUUUUGUAUUCGUACAAAAUAGAGGUGCUUGGAGAAUAUUCUUUUCAAUUUAUUGUUGAUUAACACUUUUGGUUUUGUAUUAUGUAAUAUCAUAAAUUACUACCGAUUGAGAAUUACGUAGUUGUC